AUGAAAAGUGCAGCAAGCGAGGGGGGCCGAGCGCCGUCGGUAACGACACGUCUGCUUUCUCUCCUCUUUCAGGCUCGGAACGCGGAAAAGGCCAUGACGGCCUUGGCAAGAUUUCGGCAAGCUCAGCUUGAGGAAGGAAAAGUUAAGGAACGAAGACCUUUCCUUGCAUCAGAGUGUAAUGAAUUGCCUAAAGCUGAGAAAUGGAGGCGACAGAUCAUUGGGGAAAUUUCCAAGAAAGUGGCACAGAUUCAAAAUGCUGGAUUAGGUGAAUUCAGAAUUCGGGACCUGAACGAUGAAAUAAACAAACUUCUGAGGGAGAAAGGACACUGGGAAUUCAGAAUAAAGGAGCUAGGAGGUCCUGAUUAUGCUCGGAUUGGACCAAAAAUGUUAGAUCAUGAAGGGAAAGAAGUUCCAGGAAACAGAGGUUACAAAUACUUUGGAGCUGCAAAGGAUUUACCAGGAGUUAGAGAACUUUUUGAAAAGGAACCCCUCCCACCGCCUCGAAAAACUCGAGCUGAGCUCAUGAAAGCCAUUGAUGCAGAAUACUAUGGCUACAGGGAUGAAGAUGAUGGUAUUCUGGAGCCACUGGAACAAGAACAUGAAAGGAAAGUUAUAGCAGAAGCAGUGGAAAAAUGGAAAAUGGAGAGAGAAGCACGACUUGCAAGAGGUGAGGAGGAGGAGGAGGAAGAAGUAAAUAUCUAUGCUGUCAACGAUGAUGAGUCCGAUGAGGAGGGUGGCAAGGAAAAAGAAGGUGAAGAAGGCCAACAGAAAUUCAUUGCGCAUGUUCCAGUGCCAUCUCAGCAGGAGAUUGAGGAAGCUCUUGUACGGAGGAAGAAGAUGGAGCUUCUUCAGAAGUAUGCCAGUGAAACCCUCAUGGCACAGAGUGAAGAAGCAAAAACACUUCUAGGAUUGUAACAUUGCACCAGUGUGUCCUGGUUUUUGUGAUCCAUCUUAAAGCAACAGGUUCAUAUAUUCUGGUAGCAAUCACUUUAGCUCUGAAAGUCCCUUUGGAUGUUAAAAGAGUAAACUGAUGAAGUUACAGUGUAUUCUGUAGAAGGAAAACCAUCAUUUUGGUUUAUCCACUCAGAUGACUUGCACUUCAGUGCUGAAAAAGAUCAAACCUAGGUUAACUUGUCUCUACAUCUUCAACAACUGUCUUCAAUCCUUUCACGUUGUAAAACGGUCUGUGCAGUGGUGCCUCUUAACAGAUAGAACCGCAAACCCAGUGACUCCUUAAAUCCUGAAGGAAAAUUGACUGACGUUACUGCCAUUCUGUCUCCUGUAUCCUGACUGUAAGUGUGUGCAUCUUUCUCACGUUGAUUUUUGCUGACCUGAGUCCAGAACUCACCUGGUCUAUUACGCCUGGUUAGUUUACCAGAAUAGCUUAAAACCUGUUUAGAGAUACCUUGAUGGCAGAUGUUAUGAGUGACUGAAGUUGAUGUGGUUCUUUGUAUAACACAUGCAAUAUGUCUAAAAACUGUUACCCUUUUUGUGGUUUGUAACCAUGCCUGGGUGAAUUGCUUAAAUGCUGGAUAUUUCAGCAACUAUUGUAAAUACUUCCAACUUUGCAAUACCUUGUUCAAAUAUUUUUAAUAACACUUAUUUACAACCUGAUGUCUUGUUUCGUUCUAGCUCAAAGGAUUGUGUUGUUUCCCUAAUCGUAGCCAAAGAAUGGGAUCAUAAACAGCCAUCCAUGUAGGGAUUUGAAGCUGUGCAUGCCCUACUGCUCUUAGCUUGUGUGUCCUGUGACAAGAGGCAGAUUACAGCCUGUUUAGAGUCUUAUGGGUGACUAACAUUAUUAUACAGAUCUGAACAAAUGAAAUCUUAAAUUGGACAUCUGCAGCCAUGGAGUAGAAGUGCUAUAUAAGGAAUAUAGUAUUUAACAACCAAGUAACCGUGUCUGGGACUAUCUAGAGUUUCUAGAUGCUUUUAGUAUUCAGCUCUGUCUAUUGUAAAUAAUCCACUCCAGAACAAUCAAAGCUCUAAAUUAUAGAGGCAAGCUUUGUCUUAUUUGAUGUAAAUGAUUAAACACAAAAGCCUUGGAAAAAGUGGGAAGCAUAGCUGCGAAAUUCAGAUCUUAAUAAUAAAUCAAAACUCAAGUAUUGAUAGCAAGCAGACAACUAACAUUACAAACCAUUCCUCUCUCUUCCUGUUAGCAGCGUAGCUUUCUCUGCUUUGUAAUAAAGCAGCGAACGAGUGUGUUUAUGACUCAUAAUAAUUUGUGUGCUCUGAGUUGCAAGCACCUAUCCAGAGUUGUUUUUAGUUUUUGCUGCUGCCCCUCGAGUGUUUUCUGUUCUUGGGUUUAGAGGAGGUCAUGUGCUUUUAUCCACAUGCUGUUUGUAUCGCUGUAAAAGACAACACUUUGCCAAAGUUCUUUCCCUGAAAUCCCUGGCCGCCAAGAAUGAAAAAAUAGGCUCCUUUCAUGUUGGAUGUGCUAACAGGUUUAUGGUCUAGCAGUACUGCAUCAGACUAGUGUACUUCACCUAUGGAAAAGAUUAGUAUGUGGAGGGAAAGGCUUUGUUGCCUGGUACUAAGCCACUAACUGAGUUCUUGGAGCUUAAUAAAUUGGCAGGCAGUCUAUUAAGUCCUUACCACGCUUCAGGAGUGUUGGUCACCAAACCAUAGUACGACUGGGGCAGGGGGGAUGCGACACCAACAAAAAAACUAGAGCAGCCAAAUGGGCUUGCCAAAAAGGCGUUUAGAGUUAAAGCUCUGUCGUGAACAGCCACUUGCCAACCAUGCUUCUGCUAGACUGUACGUUUUUUCUUUUUUCUUUUUUUUUUUUUUGUUUUGUUAAGUACAACAACUGUUUUUCUUCUAGGGGAACAGUGCUUGGAAGAAGAAUGCCAGUCUUGCUGUAGAUUUGCUAAACUAUAUGCUGGAGAUAACCAAACUAGAUUUAGGGGGGGGAAAACCCAACUAGUUUUUUAUGGCCUGAUUACAUUGGUAAUACCAAUGGUUGAUCCCUUCUGUCACUAUAUGACUCUGUAACAUAGAAGACAGAAAACAGAAGGGUAAAGACUGAUGAGGGACAGAGUGAUAAAUGAUAGAAGGCAUAAAAAAAAAACCCAACACGGAAAGAAUGAGAGAAAAUCAAGACAGGAUAGUAACUGCAUUCAUGUUCAAAGGAGUAGCUACCAGCCCUGAGCAAGACCAAUAUAAUGAGGUAAACAGAGAAGUCUUUAAGGCAGCGCUGAUCUCUGCUGACCAACACAGAAAUGGAAUAAAUGUACAAAAAUGCAAUAUGGAACUGUGUAAUGCAAACUGUGGCUGCUGCUUGAACCCGCUGUACUAAAUACUCACUCUGAAGCUCUGAGCGCGAAGCAUUUUUAAGCUGAAUGCUCUUUUUGGCUGCAUCUGAGCCAACAAAUUGCAGAGUAAUUGUUUGCCAGCAGUGGCCUAUAGCAAAAUGCCCAUGUUCUGCUUGCUGUACAGGCUGUUAAAUUGCUGGUGGAGUUAGGGCUGGGAAGCUGCUGUAGCCAAAGCCAGGAAGCUGAUCUUGUAGUUUGUCCUAGAGAAUGAAAGGGUGCGUAGGCUCUGCAUUAACUCUUACUUUGAGUGUGCGGCUGUACUUAGACACGUGUGUGUUGUCGGCCUUAUAGCUCGUGCCAUCUGUAUAAUGCCACAGCCUUGAACAUGUCUAGGUUGUAAAAUAAAUGUCAUUUUAUACAUGCU